ACCACACUCGCUGCGCCCAAGGCAAAACCAAGCACAGCAGCACGCGCUCUCUGAAAAGGAGACGAAGCAUGGAGAAGGCACUAGGCCUAGCUCUAGUGGUGUCGGCUGCCCUGAUCCUGCGAGCGCACCAGCCGGCGAGCGCCCAGGUGUUCUGCCGGUCGCAGUUCAACCUGGCCAACGAGGCGUGCAGCAUGCGCAACUUCAUCCCGGGCCCCGGCGUGCGGCGCGGGGUGCUGCCGCGGCUGCAGCAGCAGCUCAACGAGACCUCCGUCGAGCAGCAGCACCGGGGCGGCGACGACGAUGACGACACCGACAGCAGCAGCAGCCGGCGGUCGUCGCGGCACCGGCACCAGCACCAGCACCGCCACGGCGAGGAGGUGGGAUGGGAGGACCCCCGCGACACGGCGUGCUGCCGCCGCCUCAUGGGCCUCGACAACUCGUGCGUCUGCCAGGCCACCGCGCGGCUCCCGGCCUUCAUGAACUCCGUCAGGCACGCCAUCACGCUCACGCCCAUCGAUGGCUGCGAGAUCUCCUUCGAGUGCCCCGGCCCGCUCUUCUAGCCGCCGGAUCGUCGCCCCCGCCGCCGCCGUCUUCUCAUGGAUGGUGAAUAACUUGUGAUUUAAUUGGUAGUGAGUAAUUGUGUUUACCAAACAUAUGUAUCAAAGCUACUGUGAAUUCGAUCAUAAAGCCCGGCGGGCCCAGAAUAAAGGUUAUUUCCGAGACUA